UACAGUGCUGUAUAAAGAUCAAGCGUUAAUUAUGUCAUUGUUAGUGCAAUUUACGAUAAAGGAAUUGUAUAUAAACCUCAGUUCGCCAAUGUCCAAGCAAAGUAACACGAUGAAGGUUCAACUGCUCGUUUUGGCCGUCUUCUGCAUCGCCUGCGCCUUCGCAAGUGACGAGUUCGUUUGCCAGGAGGGAGUGCCUUACAAGGAAAAUGAAUGUAACAACUGCAACUGUAAUAAUGGCCACCUCGCGUGUACUUUGAUGGCCUGCAGUGGUGAGCGUUCCGCAGAAUUGCGCAAAUGCGAGGUCGGAACAAAGACUAAGGUUGAUUGUAAUGACUGCGAAUGCGUGAAGAAUAUGGGUACCAUUUGUACUAACCGCAAAUGCUAAGAGGUGUAACUUCAAAUAAAACGUAAUAAAUUGUUUAAGUAAUA